AUGACGGAACGUUCUGAAAAGGAACCUUUGCUUCAAGGAAAUACAGGCAUAUUAUAUAAGGGAACUAGCAAAUUGUCUCAAUGCAUUACCAUAAAGAAGAUCUUAUCAACAUUAUUUCCUUGUUUCCCUGCAGCAUAUACUAAGUCUGAAACUAAAACAGAGCCUCCAUCUGAUGUUGGAGAUAUACUUAUACAUGGUGGAAGUACCUAUUUCAACUGUGACUAUUAUCCAUAUUUUAUAGACAAAAUUUUAUCAAGCCAUGAAAAGUUGCAACUGUUAAGACGAUUAAUGAAAUUACAUGGUAUAGGUGUUUAUAUUGUACCUUCAGGAGAUGAGCACCAGUCAGAAUAUACAGCUUCUUCUGACAAGAGACGAGAAUAUAUCACUGGGUUUACUGGUAGUGCUGGUACUGCGAUAGUUACCCUUGACGAUCCUGAAACUUUAAGUGGGGUUGCAGUUCUAGCAACCGAUGGAAGGUAUUUUUUACAAGCCGAAAAAGAGUUGGAUCAUAGGUUUUGGAAGUUAUUGAAACAAGGUAUUGCAGAUGUACCUCAUUGGUUAGAUUACACUGCUGACAUAGUACGCAUCAAUAAGUUCAGCAAAGUCAUAGCUUGUGAUCCCAGAUUUAUCAGUGUAGCAAUCGGAGAAUACUUUGAAGCAAGACUGUCUAAGAAAGAGAACGGCUUUGACUUUAAACCAAAUCUUAAAUACAACUUUAUUGAUGAGAUCUGGGGAAAAGAUAAACCUAAUCGUCUGCGAGAACCAAUUUAUCACCUCUCGUUGAAGUAUUCAGGUGAGCAUACAAAUGACAAAUUGAAAAGAGUAAGGCAUUUGAUUGAAUCAAAGCAUAAUUGUAACUCAAUAGUGGUGUCUUCUUUGGAUGAUAUUGCCUGGUUCCUAAAUUUGAGAUCUGACAGUGACAUACCACAAACACCAGUUUUUUUUAGUUAUUUGAUAAUCACUUCAGAAUCGGUGUUAUUCUACAUUGACCCAGUAAAAAUCAAAAAUGGGUCUUCUGAGCUUCGCCAUUAUCUAUCCUCUAUUUCAGGAUUAAAGAUUAGGGAUUACAAUAGCUUUUAUGAGGAGCUACCUAAAAUUUUAUCGAAGAUCGGAAAAAACGGUGACAUCGUUCUACCCUACAGAGAUUUAACAAAUUUCGCUCUUUUUUCAUCAAUCCGUGUGUUUUUUGGUCAAAACAGCUUAAUAUUUGACUCCAUUAUUGCGGAAUUAAAAUUAGGUAAAAAUUCGGUAGAGCGUUCUAACGCGAAGCUUGCCCAGCGUAAGGAUUCUUUAGCCUAUAUUUUAUUUUUAUCGUGGCUUGACCAUGAGCUAUUACAGAAAGGGUCAAUCAUAUCGGAGUAUGAUGCUGCAAUGAAAAUUUAUUCCAUCAGGUCAAAUUUUGCGAGCUUCAAAGGCCUUUCUUACGAUACGAUAUCUUCUUCGGGCCCAAACGCAUCAAUUAUUCACUAUGCCCCGACAAAGGAGGAAAAUUCAACGAUCGACCCAUCUUCCAUUUACCUAAUUGACUCAGGUGCUCAGUAUCUCGAAGGUACAACUGAUAUAACUCGUACUUUGUUGUUCGAAGAUAGUGACAUAGAAAAGUAUCGGCGAUAUUAUACUUUAGUUUUAAAGGGUCAUUUGGCAGUAGCGAGGGCAAAAAUCCCUAAAAGUUCGAAAGAUAUUGGAUCAAUCCUAAAUGCAUAUGCCCGCGAAUAUUUGUGGAACGAAGGUUUGGACUAUAACCACGGGACAGGACAUGGUGUUGGAAGUUUUCUCAGUGUACAUGAGGGCCCUUUAUAUAUACUGCCUUCUGUAGGAGGUUGUGGUUCUGAGUACUUUAAAAUUGGAGCAAUAUUAACUGUUGAGCCCGGAUACUACGUUGAUGGGGUUUUUGGCAUUCGCAUUGAAAGUGAAUUAGAAAUCAUUGAAAUAGAGAGCGACCUGAAAACCUUCAUCGGCUUCAAUUACUUAACUAAAGUUCCGUUCUGCAGGAAAUUGAUUGACAGGGAAUACUUGACACCACUAGAAAUUGAGUGGAUAAAUGAAUAUCAUGACCUGAUAAGACAUGAGUUCGGUCAUACACUACUAAAGAUGGGUCAAAAUAGAGCUUAUAAAUGGCUUCAAAAUGAAACUAAACCACUAUAA